UUUUUGCAUCCAGUGAGAUCUGCAAAUCACCGAGGAGAAGAUGCUGAGGCGAAAGCCUUCAAAUGCCUCAGAGAAGGAGCAAACUCAGAAGAAAAAAAUCACCUUGCAGAGGUCCAGCAGCUUUAAGGACUUCAUGAAGCACAAACCCACCUCUCCUGUUGCGUCAGACAAGGAGUUCAGCUUGGAGGAAAAUGCAGCAGAAGCUGUGACGACAGAAGAAGCAGUGAAAAGUGGCAGCAAACUAGGGAAGAAAUGGCGCAACGUCAUCUCACGCACCAUGACCCGAAAAACAUCCAAGAUGGUACAGAAGGCUCUAGCAGAGGAGGGGGGUGAGAGCGGUGAAGAGCUGUCCCCCACAUCCUUUGACUGGCAUCCAGAUCUGGUGGCGGGACAGAGGACGUCUGUGUGCUCCACGGGCUCAGAGGACACAGCACCCAGCCCCGUUAGCCACCAGCUCUCUGGCAGCAGCGACAGGCAGAGCUUGGACAGUGGAUACUGUCAGAGGGACAGUAUGAGGCUGGAGGACAACAGCGUCUCCUACAAUGGGCCCUUCUGUGGUCGAGCUCUGGUCCACACCGACUUCACUCCCAGCCCCUACGACGUGGAGUCGCUGAAACUCCAGAAAGGAGACAUCAUCUACAUCAUCGACAAGCCUCCAGUGGGCACCUGGACUGGGAAGCUCAACAACAAGGUGGGCUCCUUCAAGUUCAUCUACGUCAGCAUCCUCCCAGAUGAAAGCCCCACAGCCAGGAGGAGGCGCUGCAACAGCAAGAACCGUCUAUCCAAAUCCAAGCCCAAAACCUUGGAGGAGGUCCUGGACAGCAUAGGCCUGACGGAGUUGAGUCCCUUACUGUCCAUGCACGGUUUCCGGAGCCUGGAGGACUUCACAGGACUGAAGGAGUCUCACCUUAAUGAGUUGAACAUCACAGACCCAGAGCAGUGCUCCAAGAUCCUCAAUGCCUCAGACCUGCUCAGAGACUCUGAAGAUGAGUCGGAGCCAGAGGAGGAGGACAGGUCUGGGGAGGACACCAAGGAGCCGAGAGACUCGGGCUGCUUCGAGAGCCCAGACAACCUGGAGAGCGGACGUGAGGAGUCAAAGAUGGAGGAAGCACAGAAAGAGGAGCAGGAGUCAGAGCAGACACUGGAGACACAGCCAGAACAGCUGGAAGCUGUGCAGGAGCAGAUUCAGGAGCUGACUGUGGAUGAGGGACAGUGA